CCUCUGCGCAAGCUGCUACUCAAGCUGCACAGAUUGCUGCUCAAGCUGUUGCUCAAGCUACUAGCUACAGUGGUGGCCAAGGAAAUGUGCAAAUAAAUGAAUUCAUGGUGAUGGAUCGAUUCCACAAGGCUAACCCUCCAUCAUUUGAAGGUCACUAUAAUCCUGAUGGAGCUCAAAAGUGGUUGCAAGAAGUUGAGAAAAUUUUCAGAGGAGUGGCAUGCCCCGAAGGUCAGAAAGUGCAUCUUGGUACCUUUAUGAUGACGGAGGAAGCUGAACAUUGGUGGGAUAAUGGACGCCAACGUUUAGAUAAUGCAGGGACUGCAAUUACUUGGGCUAUAUUCAAGGACCUGUACUAUCCACUCUAUGUUGGAGAGGCAAGAGAAAAGUCGAAAUGCAUCAAGUUUGAAAUGGGACUCAGGCCAGAGAUCAAGAAACAGGUUGGAAUGCAAGAGAUUCGUGACUUUCCUACCCUAGUGAAUAAGAGUAGGAUUUAUGAUGAGGAUAGUCGUGCUGAAAAGGCACAUUACCGAAACACUGGAACCAUGAAGGACAAGAGGCCUAUGCAUCAUAAUAGAGGAAAACCAUACUCUUUUCCUCCUAAUAAAUCUGGAUGUCGUCCGAAUUAUCAACAAUACAAUUUUUCAACUGGAAAAGGAGCUAGUAGUGGUAAUGGAAAAGGAAAUGGAAACAGUUAUAAUUAUGGGAGUGGUAGAGGAAACCCCAAUGGACGAGGAGUUAGUAAUGAAAAUAGUAACUUGAGUCAAGUCUCGCACAACAACCAUGGUUAUAAUGGUGAUCCAGCUACUCCUAUCCGAUGUCACAGGUGUGGUAAGCAGGGUCACAUGGCAUACGAAUGUAGAGAUGUUCACCACAUGCCCCUACCCAAGGAAGACUCACAGCCUAGAAACCAGAGUUCCCAAGCCAGCCGACCUAAAUCCAAUGGAAGAGUCUUUGCCCUUAGUGGUGCAGGAGCGUCUGAGAAAGACAACUUGAUCCAAGGUACAUGUCUCAUAAGUGAUACUCCUUUAUUUGUACUAUUUGAUUGUGGUGCCACUCAUUCCUUUGUGUCUCUUGACUGUGUUAGACGUUUAGGACUACCUGUAUCUCGUUUACGAUAUGAUUUGAUUGUGAAUACCCCAACUAGUGAUUCUGUUGAUACCUCUAGUGUUUGUCUUGACAUUUCUAUCCAUGUCUGUGGAAGGGACUUCCGAGUUGACUUAAUGUGUUUACCUUUGCGUCUGGUUGAUGUGAUUCUUGGUAUGGAUUGGCUAUCUGCCAACUGUGUCCAUGUAUAUUUUCUUAGUAAAACCAUUAAAUUCAUGGAGUCAGAAGAGAGGGAUAAGCCUAUCAAUAUAUCCACCAACCAAGUGAAGGAACUCUUGAAAGAAGAUGCCCAGUUAUACAUGAUCCUAGCCUCAUUUGAAUUUGAAGAAAAAGUGGUAAUACGAGAUGUUCCUAUUGUGUGUAAAUUCCCUGAAGUAUUCCCUGAAGAUGUCACUAGUUUACCACCAGAGCGUGAAAUUGAGUUUAGCAUUGACCUUGUACCAGGUACUGGACCCAUAUCCAUGGCACCAUAUAGAAUGUCUCCCUUAGAAUUGUCUGAGCUUAAGAAGCAGUUGGAAGAGCUUUUAGAUAAACAAUUUAUUAGACCUAGUGUUUCACCAUGGGGUGCACCUGUGUUGUUGGUUAAGAAGAAGGAUGGCUCUAUGAGGUUAUGUGUGGAUUACCGUCGACUUAAUAAAGUGACAAUUAAGAAUAAGUAUCCGCUACCUAGGAUAGAUGACCUUAUGGAUCAAUUGAGAGGAUCAUGUGUUUUUAGUAAGAUCGAUCUGAGAUCAGGUUACCAUCAGAUCCGAGUGAAGCCUUCUGAUACCCCUAAGACCGCCUUUAGGACCCGUUAUGGCCAUUACGAGUAUUUGGUUAUGCCUUUUCGUGUGACUAAUGCACCAACAAUGUUUAUGGAUUACAUGAAUCAGAUCUUUCAUCCUUACCUAGACUCUUUUGUGGUUGUGUUUAUAGAUGAUAUCUUAGU